AUGAGACGAGGUGGAGGCGGAGAGAAUAGCGUGUGGCUUGCGUACGAGCAUAUAUAUGCAUUUUGCUUAUUUAAAAAUAGCGGACAUUCCAGGCGGUCCGUGUCGAAUUUGGCUUGGAACAAUACGAUUUCCGAAUGUCUUGUAUACUUCCCCUUGUUCUUCGCUCUCCUGGCCCCAAACACCCUAUCCAAAUCUAGAUCCUCCGGCGAAAAUGACAAUGACGGUUCCGGAUGA